AAUCCAACAUUCUCAUCAUGCAAUCUAAUAAUUCAAGGCUUCUUAUAAUCUUCCUGAUAACGUUAUUCUUAGUACCAUCCCAUGCCUUUGAACGACGAGCUCCACCUCCUGAAGAACAUGGGUCAUCUACCCAAAAUCUCGGGGACUAUACACAUUCUCAUGAAGAUGUAAAGACUCCAACGUAUAGCUGCAUUUCUACUGGUGAUUGUGAUGUGUGUACCUCUUUAGAAAAGAAAACGAUUCCCUAUUGUGCAGAAUUUGGUAAUAAAGAGCCAGUGCGGUGUGAGUGGAAUGACCCCGAUUUAGCCGACCGCAAGAAUCAGACGACUUUCUAUGACUAUGAUGCUAUUUCACUGCCGUCUUUCCGUAGUUGUCCACGAGUCAAACGCAUUGUACGUUGGCAGCUUAUCCAAUUCGAGAGUAUAAAUCUUGUGGUAGCUGUUGUCUCAAUUAUAUUGGUUAUUUGGCGACAACGUAAAUUGGCACGCGAGCAAUACCUUCGGUUGGCGCAUAGGAUUGGUGUUACGGUUUGAAUGAUCUGUAAAUAACACAGUACAACAUAGUAAAUAGUACAUAAUACAGUAUAUAUAUAUAUAUAUAUAUAUCUGUUAAGUCUUUUAUUUUAUUUUCAAGUAAU